UGAUUUUCUUUUUCCCCCUUUCUGUUCUGAUCAAAAUCCAAAAUCCCUAAAAUUUCUGUAAAUGAUAUACAUAAACUUGAAUUCAUCAUCCCCCUUUAUCUAUUACUGAAAGAUAGUUAAUUUGAAUCGAAGAUAGAAGGAAAAUGGGGCAGAUGACAAAUGGUAAAGCUAAAAAAGAAGUAAAAGAAGAAAUUAAAAAAGAAGAGGAAAUUGAAGAUGAAGAAGAAGAAGAAGAGGAACAGGAGCAGGAGCAGGACGGAGUUUCGGUGCACUCUCCUUGCAAGAUCAACGCUUCCUCACUCCGCAAGGAGAAGUCAGAGGUGGAACUGGAGCUCAGAUUGCUUGAAGCUUUGGAAAUCUAUCCUCCUGCCAAAUUACGAGGUCCACAUCGUCACUUUGUUCUUUAUGGUUUAACUGAAUACAUGCGCAGAAGUUUCAAUCGACCUUUUACUGCAGAAGAUAUUCUGAAGUUGCUUGGUCGGUUUUACAACUUGGACAUGGUGAAACCAGAUGAUGAAGAUGCAGAGUUUCUGAGUCAGGAGGAGGACUUUCGCUUGCCUCAGAGUUAUCUAGUGGAGGAAGAUACUUGACAUAAUAUAAUCUCGAGUACAUAGUUUUUACAUAUGGAAGUUGUUCAUAUGUCUUAGUUUGCGGUAUGCGAUCCUCUCAAAGAUAUUUCAGCAGCCAGCCUUCUGCUGUAGUCCUAAUUUUGAUGGCUUAUAUGUUUAUUCUGAAAGGCUACAGACUUGAAAGGGAAAAUGUUUCUGGACAGCUAAAUGUGUAAUAUAUACAUAUGCCAAACUGGAUUGCAUUCUCAAUUUUGAGGAUCUCUAUGCCAUGCCAAAUGCCUUAAAGUUUCGGUGAGAUUUCUUCUUGCCUGCUUUCAUGGUUUGAUGGAUCAUGUUCACUAAAGCACAGUACUUUAUGUCAUCACUUUCUUUUC